GCAUAGGUCGCGAACGAGACACAACUUUCAAUGUAAUGAUGUCACGACUAUAAAUAGGCUCUAUAGGGAAAGCCCCUUCAACAGAACCAAACUGCAACAGGCGAACUGCCCUAAGAAAGGGCUCAGAAUACGGACAAAAUUUCGUCAUGAUGUAAAAGUUUACCAGUACUUGUCAAACAUUGCCAUUGGAUUUGAGUGAGCAGUCCAAGUACAAUGGAGAACGAGGGCGUGUCUAGAUCUGUAUCUGAGGAAGGAUGGCAGCCGCCUCUCUUUGCAGCGUCAACAUGGACUCUCAUCAUUACAGCUAUCUCUCUCUUCUUUGUAUAUGACUACUCCAGGCGUUGUCAGUACCUGGCAUGUAAUGGUAUUGCAGGGCCAAAACCUAAGCCCUUCGUUGGUAACCUGCUAGACAUGAUAUUCCACAAAGAUGGAAUACGGGGCUUUUAUGGUGAUAUCAUUGAGAAGUAUGGAAAGGUAGCCGGGUGUUAUAUGGGAGCAAUCCCCACUGUGGUAAUUGGUGAUGUUGAGUGGGUCCAACAACUGUGCAUCAAGGACUUUUCCAGCUUUGUCAAUCUCAAGCCUAUAACCGUUGACAGCAAACCGUUUCAUAAAUCCUUACCUACUUUGAGAGACAGUCAUUGGAAGGACGUCCGAGGGAUUCUCAGUCCAACAUUCAGCGGAUCCAAGAUGAAGCUGAUGGCACCAAUCAUCAAUGAUUGUCUGGAUCCAAUGAUACGGAAAGUGACCAGAUUGAAUCAAGAAGGCAAGGGGUUAGAAUUCAAGGAGGUCUACAGUGGCUUCCUGAUAGAUGCCAUUGGCAGCACUGCAUUCGGGUUGACCCUCAACUCCCAGGAAAAUUCUGAUGAUCCCUUCCUCCAUAAUGCCAGAGACGUAAUCAAGUUCAGGUUCAGCAUAGCAUUUUUAGUAAAGAUGCUGGCCCCUAUCCUGUCUCCAGUUGUGAACUUUUUCAACCUGACCACGUUUGACCGGAAAACUCUGAAGUUCUUUGAGGAUGUGUUAGACCACGCUAUAGAACUCAAAAGAGCUGGAACUGUCAAGCGAGUGGACUUCCUGCAGCUGAUGCUAAAUGCCCAAGAGAGGACGGAGGAUGACAAAGCAGAGGCCACCGAGGAAGAGAAACAGGAAGAAGAACAUCGAGCCAAGAUGAGCAAGAAAACGCUCACCGCGGAUGAGAUCAAGUCACAGGGAUUGAUUUUUUUUUUGGCUGGGUUUGAGACCUCCGGCACCACCCUUGGAUUUGCCUCUUACCUGCUGGCCACCAAUCCUGAAGUCCAGGAUAAGUUGGUGGCUGAGAUAGAUACCCUGGCACCCAGCCGCGAUGACGUCACCUACGAGAACCUGACCAAGUUAACCUACCUGGAGUGGGUCAUCUCGGAGACCCUACGUUUAUAUCCGCCUGGUUUUUUGACUACUCGUGAAGCUGGCUGUGAGUACAAGCACAAAGGGUACACCAUUCCCAAAGGUGUACAGGUUCACUUUGACGUGUGGCAUAUCCACCAUGAUCCAGAACAUUGGGAGGACCCUGACAAAUUCAAUCCAGAGAGGUUCUCACCAGAGCAACGUGAGAAGCGCCAUCCCUGUGCCUUUCUACCCUUUGGUGCUGGACCACGCAGCUGCAUUGGCAUGCGCUUUGCGCUCUUGCAGGUUAAGAUGGCACUGGUGCGAAUGCUUCAGAAUUUUCAUCUGGAGACUUGUGAGGAAACUGAGGUAAUACAGUUAGUCUAGUUCAUGUGAUAUCUUUCAAUAGAUUGUAGGUAGGGGGUUGCCAAAUGCAUGUCUAAAUAUUCUCUAUACUGCGAAUAUGGUUGUUAAACUUUAUACUCAUGCACACUGAGGGUGAAACUAAAUUUUGCCAACUGCCGU